AUGCAAAUGGCGGUCUUGCCCGAGCUAAAGUCGGAUCGGCUGCGCAUGCAGCUUAGUACUGUCGGCGAAAGAUUCGCAGGCUUCAAGAGCUCUAUUGCAGAUGACUCGCGCAAGAGGAAGCAAGAGAUCAAAGACUCGAUAGUAGCUGUGGAGAAAACACUUAAUCAGGAGAUAAAGAGGCGAGUCGAUGCUAACAAGACACUCCAACAGAUAUCUGAACAGAUGGCUAAUGAAAUGCUGGAAAGGCUACAACUGCGGAUUGUAAAAUACAUAGAGAGCCUAACGGUGUCGAUGGACAUGCUGAUAACACGCUGCGAAAGCCUGGAGAAAGGGCUCGCCCAAAUGAAGGGAGAUCUACCCAGCAAGCUUGCGCAAGACUUCGCAGCCCUCCAACGUGAAGCAACUGCCCUUCGUCAGGCAUUUUCAGCUGAGACGAAGAACAAGAACGAACGAGAGAGUCUUGCGUGCAAGAAGCUGGGGGAACUCCAACUUCUUGUAGACUCAAAAUUUGAAGCUGAAAUCGCAAUUAGGCAGGAACAGCUGAACCUCAUAAAGAGAGAGGUUGAGAGGCUUGUCAAGGGAGACGAGGCUCACGAGCAAUUCCACGCCUUUAUUAUGGAGGAGCUGAUGGCGCUUAAGAACGGAUUGGCUCUAGCCACGCAGGCGCGAGAACAGUCAGACGACGAGAUUAUACAGGCGAUCAACCAGUAUACCACCGCCCUGCAGAAGGGAUUGCGUACGAUCAACUCACUGUAG